ACAUUUUGCAUGUACAGCUUGACGCUUCUUCUCGGGGUCAUGACUAUAGGUGCUGAGAGACUUCAACAAGGACUGCCGCUUGAUCGGCUGCUGCGUGCAGAAGUUACGGCGAGCGGGCCGCGAAGAUACGUGGCUGGCUGGCUUGCUUUCUAAUACGUGCGAUGCAUGAGCGCGUGCGCGUGCGCGUGCGCACGCCAAGCGCCAAGCGCCAAGAUUCCAUUCCACGCGCAAGCCACAUCGCACAGCUGCAGAAGAAGCAGAUCUUGGCCUCCACACACACUCACACUCACGACGAAGACUGCCACGACGCGGCGAAUGGCUCGUCGUGACUUGCGCGCAUGCAUGCAUCCUCCAUCCACAUCACCUCGUUUGCAGCUGAGGUGUCGGAGUUGCUUCUCCUUCCGUCAUGGGUUUCGCAUCGUCACUCAAAUCCCCUGCUUUUGCCAAUCACAAUCUUUUCGUGAAUGCUGGGCCCCCCACGCUCCUGAUUUCGCGCUACAUGCGGCGAACGCACUUGCAAUUUUGGUCGCUGCGGAGUCACCUUCUCUUUCUCCAGUUACGAGAAGAGCGGAUUUGUUAGUCAUGCUCAGUAUCGGGAGCAGACGAUUUCGCCGCCUUCAACGUCAUCAGGCCAGAGAGUCGCUCGUACAAAACUCUCUUCCUGGUGAAAAGGUGCUCGUGACGGCAACGGAUGGUUUUGCCUUCGGGCAAAGCAUGCUUCUUGGCAGCACCGCUCGGUGUCUGACGCACAGUACCGGAGUCUAGUCGCAAGCACUUGCCUUCUCCGCAAAAAUGCCCGAGCCUUGGCGCCCUCUCGGCAUAUUCAGAGACCUCCCAGUCUCCAACGCGCACUUGGGCCUCCAGCAGCUUUGUGCCUUCACAAGUCAUGCGCACCAUGACGCAGCGAAGGACCCUGACCAAUCCCGCUCGUCAGGCGUUUGCACAGUCGUGAGUCUGUGUGAGGUGCCAAGCGC